CGAAUCGGAGGAAGAACUGAAGAAGAACGAGAAGAGCGCCAGACUCCUUCUCAGAUUUUCGGGGAUCAGGUUCUCCUCAUCCUCUCUAUCUCUCUCUCCUUUUCUGCCUCUCGCCUUCAGCAAGAAUGGCGGCCGCGAAGAAGACGCUCUCGCAGAAGGAGGCGGACAUCCAGAUGAUGCUCGCCGCCGACGUCCAUCUCGGCACCAAAAAUUGCGAUUUUCAGAUGGAGCGAUACGUUUUCAAAAGGAGAAGCGACGGGAUUUUUAUUAUCAACCUUGGGAAGACAUGGGAGAAACUUCAACUGGCUGCCAGAGUUAUUGUUGCUAUUGAGAACCCUCAGGACAUUAUUGUCCAAUCUGCAAGGCCAUAUGGUCAGCGUGCUAUUUUGAAGUUCGCACAGUACACUGGAGCUCAUCCAAUUGCAGGACGACACACACCUGGAACCUUCACCAAUCAGCUGCAGACAUCAUUCAAUGAACCACGUCUUCUUAUUCUCACUGAUCCCAGGACAGAUCAUCAGCCAAUUAAAGAGUCUUCUCUCGGCAACAUUCCCACCAUUGCUUUUUGUGACACUGACUCGCCUAUGCGCUAUGUGGAUAUUGGUAUUCCCGCUAACAACAAAGGAAAACACAGCAUUGGUUGUCUGUUCUGGUUGUUGGCCAGAAUGGUCUUGCAGAUGAGGGGUACAAUUCCACCACAUCACAAAUGGGAUGUUAUGGUCGAUCUAUUUUUCUACAGAGACCCUGAAGAGGCCAAAGAACACGAAGAGGAGGAAGUUGUUGCCGCUCCAGAUUAUGGUGCAGCCGACUUUUCCGCAGCAGCCCUUGGCCUUCCAACUGAUCAAUGGCCUGCCCAGAUUAGCGACGCUCAGUGGGGUGGUGAUGCUGUCCCUGCUCCCGUUCCUGCUGCAACACCCGUGGAGUGGGCUUCUGCUCCAGUGGCUGGUGAUGGAUGGGAUGUGGCUGUGGCUCCCCCAACUGUGACACCUGGUGUUGAUGCCGUUCCACCACCAUCUGGAUGGGCGUGAAACAAGCAGUUCGAUAAUUCAAUGUUAGGGUAGUUUUUUUCUUUUGAGAGGGACGGUUUUCGCCUUGUUUUGCUUUUUGGUGUCUAGACGGCCAUUUUUGUAGGUGGAAGACGGAAAUGAAGCUGCUGUUCCUUGAGUUUGUUAUUAUUUUUUCGUCUAUGUUGUCAUCAUUCACAAGUACGUGUAAGGAGAAGCAUUUUGAAGCUAUAAACCACAUUUUUUCA